GGAUUCCAGGGGAGCCCCUCCCCCUGCGGGGCGGUUCCUCCAGGCGGCGGGAGAAGGUUCUCCCCGCCAUGGCUGCUCUGCCACUCCUGAUGAUGGUCCCGGCCCUGGGCAGUUUCCUUUUCACCUUCGGGACCGGCGUGGAGCUGAUACGCUUCCUUUCCUUUCGUGCUCUGUUCGUGCAGCUGCCGACGGGGGCCGGGGCUCCCCAACACAGAAUCGAUGCUGCUCCUAGGCCUCAAUGGGGAGCUGCCCUGAGGGACCCCAAGAUUCUGCAACCACUAACAGUGGAUGUGGGCUUGAUAGUCCUCUUCAUCCUGCAGCACAGCCUUAUGGCCACUGAGCGGGUCAAACGCUGGACCAGCAGUUGCUUUGGGGUUCUGCAGAGAUCUUUCUAUGUCUUUUGCACAGCCCUGGCCCUCCAGUUGCUGAUGAGGUACUGGCAGCCAGUACGGGAUGGUCCCGUUCUCUGGAAUACGAGCACGGAGCCAUGGAUCACUUGGGUCCCGCUCAUCUGCUUUAUCCUCCACUUCAUUGCCUGGCUGGUCAUCUUUAGCAUCCUCCUCAUCUUCGACUACGCAGAGCUGAUGGGGGUCAAACAGGUUUAUUACCACUGUCUAGGCAUGGGGGACCCUUUGGCAGUGAAGUCCUCACGUGCUGUCCGCCUCUACUCCCACCUCCGCCACCCAGUGUACCUGGAGUUUCUCCUCAUCGUCUGGGCCGUUCCCUGCCUCUCCCUUGACCGCCUGCUGCUUGCCUUGCUCUUCACGGCCUACCUUACCUGUGCCCACAGCCUCGACCAGCAAGACUAUCUCUACCUCCGAGCCCAGCUGGAUAAGAAGUUCCAGAUCUUCUCCCGUGAAGAGGCGGCCUAUGGUGACCUGUUGGCUCAGAAUGGCCCCUCAGUCCACCAGGAGAACUGAAUGGAUGUGAAGAUGGUCCCAAUUUUAAUGGAAGAGGGCAUCCUGGCAUUCUGGGGCCUUGCAGUCUGGUAUCUCACACUCUCCCAUGCUAAGCACUGCAUUAUGCAAUGUGUUCUUAUCUCCUUUCGCUUUUAUGCACUCAGAAUUUAGUGGUCUGUAAGUAGAACUCAAAGAGUUCUGGCUUCCAGCAUGCCCACUCUGUUACGACUCACUAAAAGAGUUGUAUACAGCGUUCCCAGGUCAAGAUAUGGAGUCCAGUAGGUUGGAAUCCUGGAUGGGAGAAGCUGGAACUCAAGAUGGCUGAAUUAUAUCCCAAGUUACUUGGAGGGAGGUCUGUAAAGCAGGGGUGGUGGACUUGUGGCCCUCCAGCUGUUGGCGGAUUUCAGCUUCUCUCUUAGAUGGGCAUGGAUUCCUGGUGCCGGCUGUAGAGGAUUAAAGGGAUGCGUUAGGCCCAAAGAGUUUUGUCGCCUGGUCUAGGAAGAACAAUGAGAGUUGCUGAUAAUUGAUGGAAUCUAGGUAGGGUUGUCACACACACCUGGAUAGGCUAUGUUUAACAACUGCGUAGCAGGCAGGUUGGUCAAUAGACAAAAUGUUCCCCUCUGUAGGAAAGCUGCUUCUGUGGGAAUCAAUGGAGGCAAGUCCAUUAGGAUGAGUGGGGCACUGCCCUGCCAACUUCAAGUCUGCCCUUAACCAGUUCCCACCUCCCUGCCAUCUUUACUUACAACCCGUUGGGGUGGCUCUGCCUGUCACUUGCUCUACCUGCUCCUGGUCUCCCAUUCCCAGUGGGCACCAGCCACAGCUGGUUGGAAUUCUGAUGCUGUUAAAAGCAUAGCAGGCCUCACAGUUAAAAUACUGAUGUUGAUGGAUUUGUCAGUACUGUCGUGUUUCAACCAAAGAGAACACGGCUUGGUUCACUUUGUUGCCAUUUUUACUACGGAGAUUCUGUUAAAGCGAUUUUUAAAGUACAGGAUUUUUAGCUUUGGUUCAGAAGCAAAAGCUAUUUUAAAAGGAAAGCAGUUUGGAGCACUUCCCCCCAUCCAUCUAGAUAUAUUUCUUGAAGGACAGCGUCUCCAAGUAUUUUUUCUUCAGCAAGCAGUCAGGAUUAAUUGCCCAUCCACUUGGUUGUUCUUCCAUCAUGUCGGUUCUUCGUCAUUCCAAAGCAGUCUUGAUUCAGAGGCCUCCUUGGGUAGUGGAAAAAAAUGUUUUGGAAAAGGUUCCUGUCAAGAUGGCAGUUAGGCAGUGGAUCAACUGCCUCUCAGAUCUGAAUAUUAGUCUUCUGUAGGGUGACUUUUUGGGUUUUGGGGUGGGUUUUUUGUUGUUUUAUCCUGGGUUUACCUAGCAAUGCAAGAUCUUAGCCUUAAAUUGGAACUCAGUGCCUCAAACAUUUACAAAAUGCUUAUAUGCUUUUAUUGUAGUUUUUAAAAAAGUUCUGUAUCCCAAUGCUAACAAAGUAUUUUUAUAAAAAGGUAUAUUGGAUUUAGAAA